GGUCUAUUUCGCAACCAGUGCCUCCUCGGAAUACGCAGUGUCGGUUUUGGAUUCCGCGAGCUUCAUCCAGCAAAGGUCCCUGCGAACCUUACUGGCAAAGAAGACAGCGCCAAUAGCUGUUCUCACCGGGAAAAGUCCGCCGAAAAAUUUUCCGUUGGAGGCCAGUGAGCAAGACACAACUCUGGUGCCUGAUCCGCCUGUUGUAUCUACUUCAAGGCAUCACGCGCAUGCAACGGUACAUUUAUCGGACGGAGCACGCAGCGAGAAAGGUGGUACGGUUCUCUGCACCGAGCAAGGACAAGUACAACACCCCGGUGCUGCUGAGGGAGCUACUACCUCUGCUGCGGCCUCCUGUGGGCCGCCCGCAGGGGGACAGGAAAGCGUUGCCCGCAAUCGGCACAGGUUGAAGUAUGAUCAGACCAUCGACUCUGAUGUGCUUCUGUCAAGUUCGGCUCUGAACAAAACGCGCGGCCCCGGCCGUGCGAUAGGGGGGUCGUUUACUUCUUCCCUUGCCAAUCUAGAGUCGGUCGGGAGUUGGUUACCCUUACCACGAAGUAGGGUCUCAGCACGCCACCAACCUGUCGUGGCGUGGCACCAGGAAAAAAACACAAAUCACGGGACAGCAAAAAAUAGUCCUAGCGAAC